CCGGGUCCCUUUAAGUCUUCGGAGGGGGAGGAGUCUGCACAUCCGUCUUCCUGCCUCUUAAACCCGCCUCCUCUGUCCUCUGGUCUCACAUCUGAGUCACAGAGACCCGAACGGACCCGGACCCUGCAGUCGGACCACAGACAUGUCGGACUCCAUCAAAAAUGUCGCGAUAUUUGGAGCCACGGGAAUGACGGGACAGGCCACGGUACCUUUGGCGGUGGCAGCAGGAUACAACGUGACGGUCCUGGUCCGAGACCCCUCCAGGCUCCCCGAGGACCACAAGGCGUCCCGGGUGGUGGUGGGAGACGUCCUGAACAAAGACGACGUGAAGAAGACCAUGGAGGGCCAGGACGCCGUCAUCAUCAUCCUGGGGACGAGGAACGACCUCAGUCCCACCACCGUCAUGUCCGAAGGAACCAAGAACAUCGUGGAGGCCAUGAAGGCUCGAGGAAUCCGUAAAGUGGUCGGCUGCAUGUCAGCCUUCCUGCUGUGGGAUCGCGCCAAAGUGCCGCCCCGUCUGAUCGACGUGACCGAGGACCACGACAGGAUGUUCACGGUGUUGAAGACCUCGGGCUUGGACUACGUGGCCGUCAUGCCUCCACACAUCGCUGAUGACCUUCCUCUGACGGAGAAAUACUUGGCGGCGGAGAGCAUGCUGAGAGGAAGAGCCAUCUCCAAACACGACCUGGGACACUUCUUCGUCAAGUGUCUGUCUACAUCGGAGUGGGACGGGAAGACAGUGGGGGUGUGGGGGGAGUACAAACCGUCCUGAUGCGUCGCCCACAGUGGAGAAACAGGAGGUUGAUGAAGGAAUAUGUGAUUAAAACUGGUAGUUUCUCUGAGUGUGUUUCUGCUUUAAUUUCACUUUUUUUUGGCUUCAUUUCCUUUUUACACUAAAUCCUUCAUCAUCUUCUUAAACUCAAAGUGCCAGCGUUUUACUGUUGUUUUUCACUGGAUGUUAAUGGAUUCCGUCGCCUCUGUUAAACAUAAACCACGUGAUGUGUCCAUUUGCAUCUACAGCUGUUUUUAUAACUCUUCAAAAUAAAAGACUCUAUUGUCCAAUUAGCUGUGGUGGCAUGUCACAGCAUCAUGUGAUUGAACAUAGCUGUGAGCUGUUAGCAACUAAAAGUAACACUGUUGUAAUCAUCCAGUCACUUCAAAAACACAAAAUGUAACAAAAAAAACCCAAACAGGAUUUUACACAACGUUACGAACACAUUAUACAUCCACAUGUCCUUAAAAUCUGUCUUUACUAAACAUAAGACUGACAAGAUUAUUUUGUGGCUAAUUUUACAUUUUUUUCUUGAUUUUGUUACUUAAUUUGCAAAUUUUUGUCAUUUUGUUGCUGAUUUUCUGCAAUAUUUUUGGUAAUUUUAUUGAUUAAUAAAGCAGCGUAUGCUGUCUUUCCCAACAUUAAA